CGGCGCGCGCGCGCCAAGCCCUCCCUCCGGUUCUUAUAGCGCCGCGGGCGGCGGUUGGCGGCGGGGACGGCACGGACGGUGGUGACAUGGCGGCUCCGCGGCUCGUGGUGCUGGCGCUGGCGCUGUUGGGCGCCGAGGUCGGCUGCGGGGCGGUGAGCCACAUCUGGACUUCCAUCGAUGACACUGGCUCCAAGACGCGCCUUACCUGCACCUUGAACAGCAGCGCCACUGAGAUCACGGGCCACCGCUGGGUGAAGGGGGGCAAGGUGCUCAAGGAGGACGCCCUGCCUGACCUGAAGACGGAGUUUGAAGUGGACUUGGGGGAGCGCUCUGGGGAGUACUCGUGCAUCUUCCUCCCAGAGCUCGCGGGCAGGACCAACAUCCAGGUGAAGGGGCCGCCCAACAUCAAGGCCGUGAAGAGGUCAGAGCACGCCACAGAGCGGGAGACGGUCGUGCUGGGCUGCAAGUCGGACUCCUUUCCCGCGGUCAGCGAAUGGGUGUGGUACAAGAUGGAGAACUCCGGGGAGGUCAUCAGCAACAGCUCCCAGAGCAAGUACUUGGUGAUCUCGUCGGAGACCAAGACAGAGCUACACAUCGCAGACCUGGACCUGGAGGCAGACCCGGGCAGUUACGUGUGCAAUGGCACCAGCUCAGAGGGCACCGGCCAGGCCGUCAUCGUGCUGCGCGUGCGCAACCGCUUUGCUGCCCUCUGGCCCUUCCUGGGCAUCGUGGCCGAGGUGCUGGUGCUGGUCACGGUCAUCUUCAUCUACGAGAAGCGGCGAAAGCCGGACGAGGUCCUGGACGAUGAGGACGCGGGCGCCGCGCCGCUGAAGAGCAGCGGGCACGUGAACGACAAGGGCAAAAACGUGCGCCAGAGGAACGCCAACUGAGCGGCUGGCCUCCAUCUGGAGCAGCUCCGAGCCUGCUGUUUGCAGACCCGGUGUUUGCAGACCCCGCGUUCUUCCUCUCAGAGGAGACCUGCCCCGCGGAAGCAGACCACACACACCGUGGGUCAGAUCACAGUGUUUCUUCCUUUUUUAAACUAGGGUUUUCUACACAUAGGAUUCCUUCCUUAGGGGUUUUGUUUUUCCUUUUUAAAGAUUUGUGAGCGCCUCGGGGGAGCCGUGAGCUUCCUGCGAGACUCCUGUCCUCGGCCCGUCCCCUCAGCUGCCCCUGCCCACCUGUCCCCUCUCUGUUCCCCCAUGUCUCCCACCCGUCCCUCCCCC